UAUAGCAGCAACCUCCUGUUUUCUUUCUGGAAUUUUGAAUUCGUUUUGAAGACAUCAGGCUAUCCUACAGGACUGGAGACGUUUAGAUGCAGAAUUUUGUUAUAGUCUUCUGCCUCCUGGCGGCUGGUUUACCAGUUGUGCAGGGGCAGAAUUUUGCCUGUAACUUUGAUGCUAACAAUUUAUGUCAAUGGACCAAUGCUAAAGGAACUGAUAACUUGGACUGGACCCUACAUAGAGGAGCAACCAGCACUGGUGGCACAGGACCCUCAAGGGAUCACACGUCAGGCAAUGGGUACUACAUAUAUUUGGAAACAAGCAGUGGUAGAACUGGUUCUAAGGCCCAGCUCCAAAGUCCAAACUUCAACAUCAACAGAGGACAGAGAAAAUGUCUGAGUCUUUGGUUUCACAUGUAUGGACCCAAUGUCGGAUAUUUGAAUGUUUACCUCAAGAAGAAUGGAGUCCUUGGACGACCAAUCUGGCGUCAAAAUGGAAAUAAAGGAAACCGAUGGAUGCAAGGAAAAGUCAACAUUCGGACCAACUCCAAUUUACGGAAUGCCCUGAUUGUGAUAGAAGGUACAAAAGGAAGUGGUGGGACCAGAGGUGACAUCAGUAUUGAUGAUAUUCAGGUUACAAAUGGCCCCUGUGGACAGCUAGGUCAAAGCACCGUCUCACCUGGUGCUACACCAAGUCCAUCCUCCGUCACAUGCGAUUUUGAAUCUUCUAACCUCUGUGAGUGGAAAAAUGAUAAAACAGACAACUUUGACUGGACCUGGAAGAGUGGGUCAACUUCUACCACCAACACUGGGCCCACCAAUGACCACAGUACUAACACCGCAUCAGGUCAUUAUGUCUAUAUUGAGGCCAAUGGGCACCGUCAGGGAGCAAAAGCUCGACUGAUUGCACCCUCCUACAGUGGGAGAUCCUCCACUUGCUUCCAGUUCUACUACAACAUGCAUGGGCAGCAUAUCGGUACCCUGAGUGUGUAUAAGAAAACAUCCAGAGGCUUAGGAACUCCAAUCUGGAGUUUGUCCGGAGAACAAGGAACGGGCUGGCAAUUUGGACAGGUUUCCAUCCGCGGAGGAUCCGCAUACAGUGUUGUUUUUGAGGCAGCGAGAGGGUCAGGAAAUCAAGGUGACAUUGCUAUUGAUGAUCCCAAAAUGUUUACCGGCUCUUGUCCAAAAAGAGGAUAUUGUAACUUUGAGAAAGACUUCUGUGGCUGGACCAACAGUGUCACAGACCAGUUUGACUGGAUCAGGAACAAGGGCACCACAGGAUCAACCGGAACUGGACCCACACAUGACCACACCCUAGGAACAAGAGGAACUGGGUACUACAUUUACAUUGAGGCUAGUGCCCCGAGGGCUCGAGGAGACACAGCCCAGAUCACCAGUGAAGUGUUUCCCCCUUCUCAACAACCUUACUGUCUCCAGUUUUGGUAUAACAUGAACGGAAAUGCCAUUGGAACCCUGACUGUCUAUGCAACGGCAAAUGGCAUACAGACUCCACUUUGGCAGUUGUCAGGCCAGCAGACUGGCCAAUGGAACUUUGGAAGAGUCUCAGUGCAGAGUCCAAAGACAGCCUUCAAAUGCUCGUCCUGUGUCACAAACAACCACCACGACACCACUGACUACCACCUUGAGGACAACUCCAGGCAAAACCACUGCAGCCGCGAAUCCACAGUCAUAGACUUAUUUCUGUCUGCAGCUGUGACAUGCAAUUUUGAUGGAGGCUUGUGUGGAUGGACUCAAGUGAGGUCACCCACAGAUGAUUUUGAUUGGACGAGGACGAAAAACCCGACCGCUACGUUAGCCACUGGGCCAUCACAUGAUCAUACAUCUGGAAGGGGUUACUACAUUUACACGGAGGCUUCUAACAGACGUCAAAAUGAAAGUGCUCAGAUCAAAUCUCCGACCGUAAGCCCUACACCUGGUGGAAGCUGUCUGACUUUCUGGUACAGUAUGUUUGGACCCAAUAUCGGCUCUCUGAAUCUGUACACCCAGACCCAGGCCAUCUUAGGAAACCCUAUCUGGAAGCGCAGAGGAAAUCAAGGCAACACAUGGAUAAAAGCUCAAGUGACUGUCAGUGUACCUGUGCAAUUCAAUUUUGUCUUUGAGGGAAAAAUGGGGAAUAGUUACAGAGGUGACAUAGCUUUAGAUGACGUUACUCUGGCUAAUGGUCCAUGCUCAGGUCAAACACAAGCCCCAGGUGUGUCCACCACACCCUCCACUCCAGGAACAGGGAGCGUCAGAAGCUGUGGAUUUGAAUCCCGAGGUAUUUGUGGCUACACUCAAGAUACCACUGACCAGUUCAACUGGACAUGGAAGGCAGGAAGAACAACCACUGCAAAUACUGGCCCCUCAAAUGACCACACAUACGGCACCGCACGAGGUCAUUAUGUGUACAUUGAAACUUCGUCCCCUCGUCGACCUAAUGACACAGCGCGCAUUCUAUCCCCACGCUAUACAGACAGGUCAGACAUGUGCAUGCAGUUUUACUAUCAUAUGUUGGGCAGUGGUGUUGGAACCCUUAAUGUCUAUGCCAAGGUUGGGUCAAACAUGGGGAAUCCCCUGUUUACCCUCUCAGGAAAUCAAGGCAACUCCUGGACUCAAGGACAAAUGAGUAUUCCUCAGGUCACUGCCUCUCGAGGUUACAAGGUGGUCUUUGAAGGAAUCAGGGGGACUAACUUUCGAGGAGACAUAGCAAUUGACGACGUGUCAUUCAGUCGAGGAGCAUGUAGUUCAGGAACCUGUGAUUUUGAAACUGACUUGUGUAGUUGGAGCAAUCCUUCUGUUGGAGAUGACUUUGACUGGGUGAGGAAUCAGGGUAGGACACAGACCUUGAACACUGGACCACUGUCUGACCACACCCUUGGAACUCAACAAGGACAUUAUGUCUAUAUUGAAACCUCAAGCCCUCGUCAUGCCGGAGAUAUUGCCUGGUUGGUGAGUAGCACCAGGCCAGCUACUAGCUCAGGGUGCAUCAACUUCUGGUACAACAUGAAGGGUCAGACCAUUGACACUCUAACUGUGUACCUGACCAUUCCAGGGGGCGGCAAUCAGACACUGUGGACUCUAAAAGGACAGCAGGGCACUCAGUGGCUUAAUGGCCAGGCUCCCAUCUCCUCCACGCAAAACUAUCAAAUUGUGUUUGAAGGCCGAAGGGGGCAGAGCUAUAGUGGGGACAUAGCACUGGAUGACAUUACCUUUUCCAACCAAAACUGUGGCUUACAACCUGGAAAUGCUUUACCACCUAAAGUAACCGGCACCACCCCAAUGACAACCACUGUGGCUCCAAACAAUGGACCUUUUAACUGUCAGUUCUCCACUGGAUUCUGUGGCUGGACUCAAAGCACCACUGAUGAUUUUAAUUGGUCUCGCAAACAAGGAUCCACACAAACUGCUGGCACUGGACCUCGCAGUGACCAUACAGGGGGUGGCUAUUACAUAUACACUGAGGCCAGUGCUCCUGCCAAGCCAGGACACAAGGCACAGCUGAUCAGUCCGAAUGUUCAACCCGGAGGCCAGGGUCAAAUGUGUCUGAAAUUCUGGUACUACAUGUAUGGACGCAAUGUUGCUAGUCUGAACGUCUAUGUACAGGCAGGCCUUGUAUUGCCCUCGCAACCAGUGUGGAAGAGAAGUGGAACACAAGGGCAACAAUGGAAUUUAGCUUCAGUGGACAUCAGUGCAAGGAAUACCUUCAAUGUGGUUUUGGAAGGCACAAGGGGAGCCUCAUAUUUGGGUGAUAUUGCUGUAGAUGAUAUUUCAAUUUCUAAUGGAACCUGUUCCCAAGGAACUACCCCUUCCCCCACAACAGGCCUCAGCAGCUGUACAUUUGAAGAUAGGAGAUUCUGUGGCUUUACCCAGGACACAACUGACGGAUUCAACUGGAGAUGGGGCACUGGCCAGACAUCCUCCACCAACACUGGACCCACCAACGACCACACCUACAAAACGUCUGCUGGGCAUUACAUGUUUACUCAAGGCUCCUCCCAGCCCCGGGGUCGCAAAGCACGACUGGUCAGUCCUAUUUAUCUGGCUAACACUCAGUCAGUGUGCGUCAAGUUUUGGUACAAUAUGUAUGGGACAGGCCUGGGAACCCUCAAUGUCUACAAAAAGGCUAGUGGUGUCUUAGGGCGGCCUAUCUGGUCAUUAUCAGGUUCCCAAAGCAGAGAUUGGAGAGAGGCAUCGGUAACCAUUACCACCGGCUCAGCCUACCGAGUGGUGUUUGAAGUGGUGAAUGGUAACAGACGGGGAGACAUUGCAAUAGAUGACUACUCAGUGACCCCAGGAGCAUGCGGAGUCAAGGGCAACUGUAAUUUUGACCAAGGUUUCUGUACGUGGACAAAUGACCAUGCUUACGAUUCAUUUGAUUGGGCUCUUGGACAUGGCUCUACUGCUAGCUCAAAUACUGGCCCAACCAAUGACCAUACCCAGGGAAAUUCAAAAGGACAAUAUGUGUAUAUUGAGUCUUCUCGACCACAACACCCAGGAGAUAAAGCAACACUCAACAGCGAGAUCUUGAGCUACACGGGCCAUCAGUGUAUGAACUUCUAUUAUCACAUGUAUGGGUCUACUGUUGGAACACUUAGAAUCUGGAUCCUGCCAAAUGGAACAGUCAACCCCAUCCCCCUCUGGGAACUGAAAAAUAACCAAGGAAACCAGUGGAACCAGGGACGCAUUGCUUUGCCAAGACAGACUGGAACAUUUAUGAUUUUGAUCAAAGGAACUGUAGGCACUGGAUAUCAAGGAGAUAUUGCUGUAGAUGAUAUUACUUUCACAUCGGGUGGAGGGUGCUCUCGUAUGCCCAGUAAUGCAGUUCCCACAGUGACUCAGAAACCGACUACAGUCAGCACCACCCCAACCACCACUACCGCCUCAACCACCACAUCUACCACUAAAGCAACCACCCCAACUCCAACAGGUGGAAAUAGCUUUUCAUGUGAUUUUACCUAUGACUCCUGUGGGUGGACACAAGACAAAUCUGACAAUUUUGAUUGGAGAAGAAAUAAUGGAACCACAUCCUCAGUCAGAACUGGCCCAAAUGGAGAUCACACAUCAGGAAAGGGAUACUAUUACUAUGUGGAGGCCUCAGCCCCCCAGACUAGUGGAAUGAAGGCCCGCUUCAUCAGCCCUGUGGUUCAAAUCCCCAGUGGAAGCCAGCAGUGCUUCUCCUUCUACUACAGCAUGUAUGGAGAUAAUGUAGACUAUCUGAAUGUCUAUGUCAAGAAAAAUGGUGCCCUGGGGUCUGCUGUGUGGACCAGGAAUGGUAACCAAGGAAGCCAAUGGAUCCAAGGUCAGGUGACCAUCACUGGCCCAGGUCCACUCAAUGUGGUCAUUGAAGGAACUAAAGGCACUGGUUACAGGGGUGAUAUUGGUAUCGAUGAUGUUAACAUCACAACAGGAGCUUGCAGUGGUCAGAAUCUGAACACAACAGCCAAUCCUUCUCUUGCCACAACCAUUGCUCAGCUAAGCUGUAAUUUUGAGUCUCAGUCCAUUUGUAACUACCAGCAGUCCACAUCCACAUCUACACUUCAGUGGAAGUGGCAGCAUGGUGGGACUCCAUCCGCAAACACUGGGCCAUCCUCUGACCAUACCACUGGCACUGCAACAGGUCAUUACAUGUACAUUGAGGCGUCUGGAGUAAGAAACAAGGUGGCACAAUUGUCCUCACUACAGGAAACCCAGACAGGUCCGGCCUGUAUCAGCUUCUGGUUCCACAUGUAUGGAAACAAUAUUGGAACUCUGAAUGUAUACACUGCACAGGGCGGAAGUAAUGGAAGUCCUGUCUGGAGUCGACAGCGUAACCAAGGCAACCGAUGGAACCUGGCCCAAAUUUCAAUAAACCCUUCCAGUCCAUACACGCUGGUGUUUGAAGCUAAGCAUGGGACUGGAUAUCAAGGUGACAUUGCUAUUGAUGACAUUGUGGCUAAGCCAGGAAGGUGUGGCGAUCCAGGUGCAUGUAAUUUUGAUCAGCGUAACUUUUGCACGUGGCAAAAUUUGAAAACGGAUAAUUUUGAUUGGACAAUUCAUGGACGUGGAACCCCAUCGUCAGGCACAGGACCUUCCUCAGACCACACCCAACAGAAUGCCAAUGGACUGUACGCUUAUAUAGAGACUAGUGCCCCUCGCAGACGUGGACAGAAAGCUCAGCUGAUGAGUGUUUCCCAACCCCCGACCGGAAUCUCUGGCAAGUGCUUCAAGUUUUGGUACCACAUGUAUGGUCGCACUAUGGGAACUUUGAACGUAUAUUCCUCCCAAAAUGUGUCUGCAAACACCCUGUUGUGGACUCUGAGUGGAAAUCAAGGAAACCGGUGGAAUUCAGCUCAACUAUCCAUUGCUAGCACACAAAGCUAUAACGUGAUCAUUGAGGGCAUUGUGGGAAGUAAUAUUUACGGUGACAUUGCGAUAGACGACCUCUCUUUCUCAAACGGAGCAUGUGGUUUAUCCCCGGCAAAAGCUCGCCCCAGAUCAGUCACCACCACCACUGUACCACCUACCACCACUCGUACCGUCACAGCAACUUCAACUGUGGGAGCCUUCAACUGUAACUUCGAGAGUAACUUAUGUGGCUGGACACAAGAUAAAAGGGACACAUUUGAUUGGACAAGACACAAGGGAGCCACUACAUCAGCCAACACAGGGCCCCCUACUGAUCAUACCUCUGGAAGAGGAUAUUAUGUCUACAUUGAGGCCUCCGCUCCUCGCCGUCCAAACGACACGGCCCAGCUCAUAAGUCCAGCUGUGUCUGCCUCCAGUAACCCUCGCUGUCUGACCUUCUGGUACUUUAUGUAUGGAGCACAUGUCAACAGUCUCAAUAUAUACAUCUCAGUCGGAGCUAACCUUGGUUCACCUGUAUGGACCAGGAAAGGAACCCAGGGCAACCACUGGAACCAGGCCCAAGUCACUCUCACCAAUAGCAAACAAUUCAAUGUGAUCUUUUCUGGUGUACGUGGUAAUGGAGUGUUUGGUGAUAUUGCUGUAGACGACAUCUCUCUGGCCUCUGGAGCCUGUGGAGGAUCUACCCCACCUCCAGGAGCGGGACCAACAAAGUGCACCUUUGAAGACGUCUACAUUUGUAACUACAUACAGGAUUUGACGGACAACUUCAACUGGACGAGACAAUCUGGCUCCACCACCAGCAGUGGCACUGGCCCCUCUGCUGAUCACACUUAUGGUACAGCAGCUGGUCACUACAUGUACAUCGAGGCCUCGGCCCCCGCUAGACCCGGUCAGCUGGCUAGACUCUUCACUCCCGUAUACCCUGCCGUGAACCAGGACCAGUGUCUGCAGUUCUACUAUCACAUGUAUGGAAACCAGAUCGGCAGACUUGGUGUCAAGCUGAGGUUAAACAAUAGACUUGGAGGGAUAAUUUGGAGCGAGUCUGGGAACCAUGGCAACCAGUGGAGUAUAGCUCAAGUGACUCUGCAGAACAUUCAAAUCAACACACCCACUUACCAGGUAGCCUUUGAGGGGGUGAGAGGGGCUGGAUAUCUGAGUGACAUUGCUAUUGAUGAUGUUUCAAUUUUCAAUGGAACCUGUCCAUCCCCAGGUAGCUGUGAUUUUGAGCACGGACGCUGCACUUGGACGGAGGCCCAGUCUGGUGAUGAUUUUGAUUGGAAGCAGGGAUCUGGACGGACCACCUCAGGAGGAACUGGACCAUCGUCUGACCACACCUUACAGAGCAGUAGUGGUCACUAUUUAUACCUUGAGGCGUCUGCUCCAAGGACACAAGGAGACAAAUGUUGGCUGGUCGGUCCACGCUUCCCUGCAACCAAAACCACCUGCUUCCAAUUCUGGUACAGCAUGAGUGGGCGAGGGAUCGGCUCUCUCAAUGUGAUUGUCAAGUAUCCUGAUGCAGGCACCAAUAACACCGUGUGGUCCCUCAGUGGUGACCAAGGAGAUAAAUGGUUGCAAGGACAGGUGCCCAUAAUAGCUUCAACUACUUACCAGGUUGUGAUUGAAGGCCUGAGAGGAAGUAGCUUUGCUGGAGACAUUGCUAUAGAUGAUGUAUCUUUCUCUCGAUCAACUUGUGGAAUCAGUCCACCCUCAGCAUCCCCAUCCAGUGGAAGCAAUGUUACCACCACACCAGUCACCACAGCUGCCGCAACCACACCAGUACAAGGACAGUUGAACUGUGAUUUCACCUCUGGUCCUUGUCUCUGGACUCAGGACAAAACUGACCAGUUUGAUUGGACAAGAAAGAGUGGCGCUACAGCCACCGUUAACACAGGACCCCCAUCAGACCACACUCAACAGACAUCAGCUGGCUUUUACUACUACAUUGAGACCUCUGCCCCUCGUCGUGCGGGAGACAAGGCAAGAUUUGUCAGUCCCCAGAUUGCUAUCACUCAACCAGACAGUCAGAAGUGUUUCCAGUUUUGGUAUUACAUGUACGGCGAUCAUGUGGACCACCUCAAUGUGUACAUGAACUCGGGCAAUGGGCUUGGCCAGCCAGUAUUUACAAAGCAAGGGACACAGGGUCAGAAAUGGAUUCAAGCCAGCAUUACACUCUCUCCAAAAGUACCAUUCCAAGUGGUCAUUGAGGGAGUUGUUGGUAGAAGCUACCGUGGAGAUAUUGCAAUUGAUGAUGUGACUAUGACAGAUGGCAUUUGUCCAGGAUCAUUUUCUGGGCUAGACUGUAACUUUGAACAAGCGGGCCUGUGUAGCUAUGUAAACAUCAACGACAAUAACACAGACACGUUUGACUGGUUCAGGGCCACUGGGACAACAGGAUCUCAGGGAACUGGUCCUAGCAAUGACCACACCUACGGAACAGCAGCAGGACAUUAUAUCUACAUUGAGGCUUCCUCUCCCCGUAAACCUGGAGACAAUGCAAUGCUGGUUUCCGCCCAGCAACCAUCCCCCACCUCUGACCAGUGCUUUGAGUUCUGGUAUAGUAUGUAUGGUGUAGAGACAGGAACGCUCAAUCUGUACAUUGAGUAUGGUAACCAGCUUGGAAGCCCUGUUUGGACAAAGCAAGGUAACCAGGGACAGCGCUGGAUUCGGGGUCAGUACGGCAUCAAAGCCAACAGCCAACCAUACAAGGUGGUGUUGGAGGGCAUCAGAGGAAGUGGCUACAGAGGGGACAUUGCUGUAGAUGACUUAAAAUUAAAACAAGGACUGUGCAGCACAAUGAAUUCUGGUAAUUGCAACUUUGAGAUAGACAAGUGCAGUUGGUCUGAUGUUCAUACUGAUGAUUUUGAUUGGUUGUCUGGAAGUGGCACGACCACCAGCUCAUCCACAGGACCCAGAACCGACCACACCACUGGCAAUGCUACAGGAAAAUACAUCUUCAUUGAGACUUCAGCACCCAGGCACCCAGGAGAUCAGGCGGUGCUUCAGAGUGCCACCUUCCCUUCCACCACUGGUCAGUGUAUGCAGUUCUGGUACAACAUGUAUGGUGCCACCAUUGGUUCUCUCUCUGUCAGCGUCCUAGUCCAGGGCUCCAGCUCACCCACUAAAGUGUGGGAACUCUCAGGAGCUCAAGGCAACCAGUGGAAAAAUGCCCAAGUCAACAUUGUCAGUAACAAAGCUUAUCAGGUGUACGAGGCAGUGGAUACACUGGAGACAUAG